UAGCAGCGUUAUGAAACGUUUACGCAUUGCUAAGCCAUAUGGACCUAAUUGCAUUGUACAAAAAGUUGAAUGUACUAACCAUUUAUUGCGAAACUACAUCAACCGAUUAAGAGAUUUAACAAGCAAACGGAAAAAUUCGAAAGGUGAGCCAAUACCGGGUUAUCUUAGAAAAAUUAUUCAAACUCGUCUGUUACGAUUACGAUACGCUGUCACCGAAGCUGUAAAAUAUAAUCGACAACUUCAAACAAAUAUACCAUAUGAAACCCGAUUAAUGGUUCUAAAAUCAGAUUUAGUAAAUGGGCCCAACCAUGUGUUUGGAGAUCAUACCAACUGUAGACAGUACUUCUGCCAGGGCACAAAAGAAGGUGAAGAUAAUCUUGUCGAUGAACUAAAGCGAUUCGAACUAUGGGAUGAUAUUGUACGUGCUAGAAAUUUACUGACUUACCACACGGAAAGUCUUAUGUAUAAUUUUAAUAAUAACGCGGCAGAACUGUAUAACUCAAUCUUGGCCAAAUUUAUCGGAGGAAAACGGAUUAACUUUUCUCACAAAGGUUCUUAUGAGCUUCGAUGCAAUGCGGCAGUUACAGCUUAUAACGAAGGAGCUAAUCGUCUAUCUUCUUUUAAUAAACAAAUAACCGAUAAAAGCCCUGGUAUGUAUACUAAACAAUACAUUAAAAAAAGUACGAAAAGAAUUGAAAAUCAUAGCCGACGUCGAUGCCUUUUUAAAACAUCUGAACGCACAAAAACUGCUGCCAAACCACUGACCAAUACUGGACCAGAUGAAAAUUACGGAAAUGUAUUACACGACCCGUUCUUAGAUUUAACUGAAAAUCAAAUUGAAGUAUAUAAGCGUGAUUACUUGGAUAAAUUAUCAUUAUCUGAGAGUCAAAUAAAAAUAUUGGAAAUGAGAACAAGAAGGCAACACCAGUGUGAAGAAUGGUGUAUUGAAAGGAAAAAACGACUUACAGCAUCUAUUUUCGGGAAAGUUUGUAAAAUGCGUGAUAAAACGUCACAUGCUAAAACUGUGAACGAUAUUUUAUUUGGCACAUUCACUGGAAAUGCCGCCACUAGGUAUGGAAUUGCCAAUGAAGUAAUCGCUAAAGAACAGCUAGAAGACCUUCUAAAGACAAAAAUACAAUCUGCUGGUUUAGUUGUUGACAAAAAUAUACCAUUUAUAGCCGCCUCCCCUGACGGAAUACUAGACGAUGAAUCGCUAGUAGAAAUUAAAUGUCCAGCUAGUGCCAAAGAACUUGCACCAGAAGAUGCUAUACAAAGUAAAAAAAUUAAAUAUUGCUCAAUUAAGGACGGGACAUUGUACUUAAAACGCAACGAUAAUUAUUAUUAUCAAGUUCAGGGUCAACUGCACAUCAGUCAAAAGACUUAUUGCUAUUUUUGUGUAUGGACCCCAAAAGGUUUGAUGUAUGAAAAAAUAAAACGAGACGAUGAUUUUUGGAAAAAUAACAUGGAGACCAAAAUUAAAACGUUUUAUUUAGAAAAUCUCUUACCAGCCUUAAUCAAAGAAAAUUUAAUGCAAUAA